AGCCUGGUUCAUUCCCGCAGAGCUCCACAGGGUUUACCACCGAAGCAGACAUGCAAAUGACUUGAUAAAAUGUUCCUUGUGUUUUAGGACUCUGAGCCUAACGUGAUUUAUUUUGUAUUUUUUGUAAGCGAUUCCAGAUAAAAUAAAGAAAGAAGAUGAGCCUGUGAUCUAAUGGAAAACAACAGUUCUGAAUUUGUAACAUGGAAACAAAUCGACCAGGAGACCAUGUGGGGGCCUUCCUGGAGGAGUUCAGGGAGCAGAUCAUUGCUGGGGUGAGAUCACCCGGAGCCAUCAUACAAGCCUGGAUCUCCCAGCAGCCGACGACCAUCAAUCAAACUUUGACACCACAGGAACAAAUCAGGGAGCUGUUUCGUGUCGUGGAAAAUGGAACAUCACAAUCCAAAGUUUGCUUCUACCAGAUACUUUCGCAGGAGGAACCCGAGCUAAUAGCUGAUUUAGAGCUAAGACAACAGAACAGCAGGACGACCCAAACAGAACAGAAGUGGACAAUGGAAAACAGCAAGCAAUUAGACGACAAACACACAAAAGUCUACAUAAAAACCAAAAGGGAUACUAUUAAAAGACAAAGAGAAUUGACAUGUCAGGUAAUGGGGGAGAUUGAACAACUUUUGGAAAAGACACAAAGAGGGAGAAAGGAAAUUGACUACUUAAAGACAAAUACAGAGCAGCAACAGGAGGACAUUGCCAGGCUGACAGCUGAAAAACAUGAGCAAGACUUACUGAUAAAAAGACUGAGAUUACAGAUAGAAAAUGUUAUUGAGAAACUCGAGGAGAAUAAAAAUGAAGCCGCUCAAGAAAAAAAGCAACUUCUAAAAAUGCAGACUGAAAUAUACCAAGAGAGGGAAGCUCUGGAAAAAAGACGCAAGGAGCUCAUGAAUGAGAGACACAAGUUAGAAAUGGUCAAGUAUGAUAAGACAAAAUCACAAGAAAGCAAGGAACCCCAAAAACCCAUGGAGCAGAUAAAGAGAGAACAGGAGAUAACAGAGAGGCUGAUAGCUGACAGUCUGCAGAGUCUCAUUAAUAAAAGCAAGAAAAUGAUGCUUGAAGCAAAGCAGGAAAAAGAACAAAUGGAGAAAAACAUAGCAGACCUCAAGCAAGAGUUAAAGAGAAAUAAAAAGGAUAUUUCCCAACAUAAAGAUAAAAUUGAGCACAUCAAACUUAUUCUGAAUGUAAGUACCAACACAAUGAAGCAAACAAAAACUCAAAGAGCUGUUGAAAUGCAGAAAGCUGUAGUCCCACAGAUGGAAAGCAGAGAAAGACAGGAAGAAGACGUAGACACAUUUGACACUGUGAAGAUUAAACUCUGCAGAAUCCAGGAAGAGAUGGAGAAACUUUGGGAUGUGCUGGAAGACAGUGAACAACAAGUAGAAGUGACUGUGGGAGAGAAACAGGAGCUAAAGACAGAGAGUGGUCAAAUUGAAGAUGUUACAUCUGACUCCAAAAAGCAAAGACAAGACAAGGAUGGAAGCAUGAAGACAACACAGUGGGAACCAGAGAUAAAGGCUGAUCUGCAGAGGCAAAAACAAGACAUUGAGAACAAGUUGGCACAAAUCCAAUCUGAAAGAGAUGAAAUGCAAAAAACCAAGGCUGAAAUAAAAAUAGAGAAAGAAAACAUAGAAAGAGACAGGCAGUUAGCUAAAGCUGAAAUGAAUGCAAUGAAGUGUGUGAGGGAAAAUAUCGAAAGGCAAAAACAGGAGCUGGAUGACAAGUUACAAAAGACAAAGAAAGAGAUAAGAGAGAUGGAAGUGAUGAGCUCUGAGAUUGAAAUAAAGAAAAAGGACCUAGCAAAAAUGAUUAGAAUGAGCAAGAGAAAAAGGGGAGAGAUCAGCAAGAUGGAGGAGGAGCGUGGACAUGCUAAAGAAGACAUGGAGGAAAGACAAGAUAAGACUGAGGGGCAGGGGAUGGAGUUGAAUGUGGAGAACAGAUCUGAAAAUCAGUUUGAGGAAGACAACAUGGAGACAAGUUCAAAGAAUGAAGUGAACACUGGCAUGAAGAGAGUGAUCCUCGACAUAGAAGAGAUCAGAAAGAUGCUGCGCAGGGUGAGAGAAGAUACAGAGCAAAGCAGGAGGGACUGUACACAGGAAAAGAGCGAAAUCCAAUGGAUGAAUUUUCAAGUAAAAAAAAAGAGACGAGAGCUUGACCAACGGCUGGAGAAGACCAUGAAUGAGAGGGAUGAGUUAGAAAUCAUGAAGGUAAAGAUACAACAACACAGGAAGGAGGUUGAACAAAAACUGGAAGAUACAAUAACUACAAUUCUGACUUUUGGGGAAAUAAAAGCUUGCAUAGAAACAGCUGCUGCAGAGAUGAACACCACCAGGGAGGAGAUAGUCAAAGCCCAAAGGUCGAUGGAUCAGAACAAGGAAGAGGUCAAAAACUACAUGGAUAAGAUGACUUCCAUGAAAGCUCAGCUCAGCAAAUGGACACUGACAGACUCUCCAAUCAAAAAGACUUUUCCAAGGAAAACAUCUAAACUUCAGGAACCACAGAAAGAAACAGAUGGAGAUGCUAUCAAAGAUCAAACAUUUAAAAUUCCAAUAGACAAAGAAGGAGAAGAAGAGGAGAUUACAAAAGAGACCAUGUCUUUGCAGCAAUCUAUAACACCAGAAGACCAGCAUCAAAGAGAAGAAAUAAAAGAACAGGAGAGUACUGAGUCAGAGUACAAACAAACACAAGAGCUCAAUUUUUUUGCCAUGGACGUGAAGAAAGAGCAGAAUGUUUUCUUACAGACGCAGACAGAAAUUCAUGAAGAAACAUUAAUGGAUGAUGAUCAAACAGAAUUACUGAUAAAUGUAACAGAAAUGGAAGAAGUGCAAAAGCAGAUUUCCAAACUCAGAGAGAGAGAGGAGCAAAUGAGGGAGCAAAUAAACAUUGCUAUGGGGAACAUGGAGGGAAACAAUCAAGAGAUUAAAAAGCUCAUUAUGGAAAUAAAUGAGCUGCAGAGCCAAAAACCAGAUUAUGAAAAUGGGUUACAAAUUACAGUCAGAGAAAGCACAGAUGUUUUCAAACAUGAAAUAGUUAAAUAUGAAAUGAGAGUGCGAAAACAGGAGAGUGACAAUCGGGUGAAACAAGAAAUUAUUGAUGAUGUUCAGAAGCAAAAACAAACUCAGGAGUCAAGAGAAAAUAUACUGACACAUACUGAAGAGACAGAUGGACGUUCUGAUAAAAAGGACACAGGAAGUGCUGAUGUACAACAACUUAGGGCAGAGAUUCAUAGAACACGAGAAAUCAUGAAACUAGUAAAACUAGAACUUGAAAAUCAAGCUGAAGAAAGUAAUAUAGACAAAGAGCAUAAGGAUGAAGGCAGUGAACACGAAGGAUUGAUCCAGGACAUGAAACAAUUCCAAGAGCUUUUGAAACUGGUACAAAUUACAAUGAGGCAAAAGCAAAUGCAUCUGAAUGAAGAAAUGAGCAACAUGAAAUCAAUGAAAACUGCAGCAAAAAAACAGAACAGACAGCUGGAUCAGAGGUUAGAAAAAACCUUGAGAGAGAGAGAUGAAUUUGAUAUUUUAAAAAUAAAAAUGCAGAGACAAAUUGAAGUGACUGAGCAGAAGUUGGAGAAAAUUGGCAAAGUUAAAAGCACCAUGGAAAAAAUUGCUGAGAAGACAAGACAGAAAAGUGAAGACGUAGGGAUUAUUAUAAAAAGGACCGAAGUCAAACUGAGACAGUUGGAAGACCUGAGCGAUAAGAUUGAGGCCACAAAACAAGAACUGGAGAACAGCUGUCCUUUAAUAUCCCAGAAAAGAGCUGACAUUGAAAAAAUCAAGACUGAACUCAGGAAGAAAAAGGACAGAGAAUCUGCCUUGGAAAGUCUUGAGAAUGUAAAGGGAGACAUAAAGAAACAUGACAGAGCUGAAACAGAUACGGAAAGGGACAAAAUCCAGAGAAGAAUGGGUAAAGAAUUGGAAGAAAUGGAAAAUGAAAUCUCCAGACUCAGAUCAGAAAAGGAGAAACUGGAAAGGGAUAGAAAACUGACAAUGGAUAACUUGGAUCAGAGAAAGAGUGAAAUUAAACAGCUGAAAAAGGUUGUAAGUGACCAAGUGAAACAAAAGACAGAGAGACAAGAGAUUGAGAUGCUGAAACAACAGAUUCAAGUGGAGAAGGAGAAUGUGAGAAUGGAAAAACAACAAGCUGAGGCAGAAAUGCAUGAGAUGAAACACUUAAGGGAGAGUAUGGAAAGACAAAAACAAGAGCUUGAUGACAAAGUGCAAGCAACCAAAAGAGAAAUAAGAGAAAUGGAGCUGCUGAAGUCAGAGCUAGAAAUAAAGAAAAAAGAAAGUGAAAAGAUAUUUAGAAAAAACAUGCGAAAAAUUGAGAGUGAAAGAAAGUGGAAUAACAUACAAAAAGAAAAGGAGGAAUUAAGGAAAGAGACCAAAAAGAGCAUAAGAGAAGUAGACCAAAGACCUGAAGAAAUUGUGACAGAGAGGGGUGAGUCAGAAAUGUUGGAGAUAAAACUGCAACAGCAGGAGGAGGAGCUGGCUGAAGAGAAGCAGAGAAAUAAAGACCAGACUAUUUUUGUCCAAGUACACAGAAAAAAUGAAAAACAACGUCUGGAAACACAAGCAGUCAGAACCAUCAGCAAGGAAGCUGAAAAGAUGCAUCUAAGCUCAAAAGCCACAGAUUUCAGUUUUGACCUUCAGAACUUGAGACAAAAGAUUCAUGUAAAUUUGGAAAUAAUUAAGAGGGAAAUGGGAAUCGUUGAAAAUGUAAAUGUUCGUUUAGGGAAACAAAGAGAAGGACUCAAAGCAUUAAAAGCCGAGAGUAGGACUGUGAGAGACAACAUGAGUCAAAUAAAAUAUCAGAUAAAGAUGACCUUUGACAAAAUGACAAUACAAGCAAAAGCAGAGAUGGAUGAAAUGGUCCACAUGUGGGAUGAUAUCCAGACAAAAGAACAGGGGCUUGAAAUCAGAUUAGAAGAAGUUAAAAAAGAAAGAAGAGAAAUGGAAGUGUUGAAGUCCGAGUUGGAGAUCAAAAUGAGAGAAAAUCAUGAGAUGAUCCGAAAAGGCAUUAAAAAACAGCAGGAUGCUAAAAACAUAUGGACUGAGAUCAAAGGAGAAAAAGAUGCCCUCAAGAGGGAGACACAGAAGAGGAAGAAAGAGCUUGACAAGCGACUGGAGAGGAUCAUCAGAGAGAGGGAUGAACUGGAGAUCAUGAAACUGAAGAUGCAAAGAGAAAAGGAGAUGAGCGAUGGUAAAAAAGAUCAAAAACGAAGUAAGACAAGAUGGUCCAAUGUGGUCAUUGAAAAGGACGAUGUGAAAGAGCAGUGGCAGCUAAACAUUGUUGAAGAACAUGAAGUUCUUGAAAAAUUGAAGGCAGAGCUGAAGAAAGACAGAGAGGAACUGAACAGAGAAUGUGAAAAGCUGAACAAAGAGAAACUGGACUUGGAGCUGAUGAGGUCUGACAUCCUGAGACAAAGUGACACAUUAAAACAAGCAAUACAAGAUAUGAAAGAGCAAAGAGACAAAUUGGAAAUCACACAGUCGGAGCUACAAAAGAAGAAAGAACAUGCAGACAGUCAGUUUGAUUUGAUAAAUAGAGAGAAAGGCAACAUUAAAGAUCUGACCCUUCAGAUUCAGACUGAAAGAGACCAAGUUGAGAAUGUCAUGAACAUGAUUAUCUUAAAACAAGAAGAACAAGAACUCAAGGACAACGAGCUUAAAGGACAAACACAAGAACUGGAAACUGUUAAGAACAGUGUGCUGGCAGAAAGAGAGGAACUGGAACUUCUGAGAAAACAUCUUAACAAGAGGAAAGAAGAGGCUGAAGCUGCCAUGAACACUAUCAGUGCAGAGAGAGAAAUAGUCAGUCAGAUGAAGAGUAGUGCUGACAUGGACAGACAAAUUCUUGAGGAUGAAAAGAACAAAAUGGAAGGAGAAAGGUCUGAUCUUAAAAUAAGAGAAGAUCAACUCUUGGAUAAAAUGAAAUCAAUGGAAACCCUAAGAGAAAACCUUCAACAGCUGAAAGAAAGGAUGAGUGAAGACAUGAAACACAAACUCAUCAGACUGGAACAAAACAAUGAAGAAGUACUGAAACUGGUCAGUGUUUUGGAGAAAAAACACAAAGCUCUGGAUAAACAGAAAGAAAAUAUGUCAUCUUACAAUGAGAUAUUAGAGAGAGAAAGAGAAGGGUUGAGGAGUACCUUGUCAGAACUUGCCAUUCAGAGACAAGAGAUUGAAAAUCGACUGAAACAAGACGCUUUGUUGGAGACAACACAUCUUGUCGAACUUAAAGCAGAGCUGAAGCAAGACAGAGAGGAUCUGGACAGAGAGCGUGAGAAGAUGGACAAAGAGAAACUGGACUUGGAGCUGAUGAGGUCUGACAUCCUGAAACAAAGUGACACAUUAAAACAAGCAAUACAAGAUAUAAAAGAGCAAAGAGACAAAUUGGAAAUCACACAGUCUGAGCUACAAAAGAAGAAAGAACAUGCAGACAGUCAGUUUGAUGAGAUAAAUAGAGAGAAAGGCAACAUCAAAGAUCUGACCCUUCAGCUUCAGACUGAAAGAGACAAACUUGAGAAUGUCAUGAACAUGAUUAUCUUAAAACAAGAAGAACAAGAACUCAAGGAUGAUGAACUUAAGAGACAAACACAAGAACUGGAAACCAGCAGAAACAAUUUAUUGGCAGAAAAAGAAGAACUUGAACUUUUGCGAAAGGAUCUCAACAAGAAGAAAGAAGAGGUUGAAGCUGCCCUUACCACCAUCGGUGAAGAGAGCGAACAAGUCACUAAAAUGAAGACUGCAUUUUACAGGGAGCGGGCAAUGCUUUCAAAUGACGAGGAAAGAAUGAAAGAACUGUCUGAGCUGAACAUGAAAGCUGAACAGUUAAAUAGUAAAAUGAAAUCCAUGGAAACUCUUAGAGCAAAACUCGAGCGUUUCACUGAAACAACACAAGAAGUUCUAAAAACCAAAAUUGACAGAUUAGCACAACACACUGAAUAUGUGCAAAAACUUUGCAUGAUGUUGGAGCAAAAACAAACAGAAUUUGAAGCAGACCAAAACAAGCUGCCUGAUUUCAUUCAAGAGUUAAAAAGAGAAAAGCAAGGUCUUAUUACUAUGAUAUCAGACAUGCUCCAAAGCAGAUAUGUAACAGAAGAUGAAGGGACGACAAAGCCUGUUUUCGAAAUACGAGAUGGUGGAGAACUUAAGACAGAGAUGAUCCCAGAGAGAGAGGAUCAGAAAAGUGUCCAUGACAUGACUAGCAAAGAGAAACUGGACAUGAUGAAGUAUAUGAACCUACUAGAACGAAACAGACAAGAAAUAGAAAAGAGAAAAGAUGAGCUUCAGAUCACAAUGACUCAGCUAAAAGAUGAGAAAGAACACAUCAGCAGCUUCCUUGAAGAGAUAAACAGAGAAAAAGGCAACAUAAGUGAGACGGUGCAUCAGGUUCAGACAGAGAAGGACAAAGUUCAGAAGGUGAUGAAUAUGAUUGUUUUGAAAGAAAAAGAACUUUAUCUAAAAGAAGCCGACAUCAAGGAGCAAGUACAAGAACUGCAAAACAGCAGAAACAUCGUACUUGCAGAAAGAGAUGAACUGGAACUUUUGAGAAAGGAUCUCAACAAGAAGAAAGAAGAGGUUGAAGCUACCAUGAACACUAUCAGUGAGGAGAGAGAAAAAGUCAAUCAGAUGAAGAGUAGUGCUGACCAGGACAGACCACCGCUUGAGAUUGAAAAGGAAGGAGAAAGGUCUGCGCUGAAAAUAAGAGAAGAUCAACUCUUGGAUAAAAUGAAAUCAAUGGAAACUCUGAGAGAAAAACUUCAACAGCUGAAAGAAAGGAUGAGUGAAGACAUGAAACACAAACUCAUCAGACUGGAACAAAACAAGGAAGAAGUACUGAAACUGGUCAGUGUUUUGGAGCAAAAGCAUGAAGCUCUGGAUAAACAGAAGGAAAAUAUGUCAUCUUACACUGAGAUAUUAGAGAGAGAAAGAGAAGGGUUGAGGAGUUCCUUGUCAGAACUUGCCAUUCAGAGACAAGAGAUUGAAAAUCGACAGAAACAAGACACUUUGUUGGAGACAACACAUCUUGUCGAACUGAAGGCAGAGCUGAAGCAAGACAGAGAGGAUCUGGACAGAAAGUGUGAGAAGAUGAUCAAAGAGAAACUGGACUUGGAGCUGAUGAGGUCUGACAUCCUGAAACAAAGUGACACAUUAAAACAAGUAAUACAAGAUAUAAAACAGCAAAGAGACAAACUGGAAAUCACACAGUCAGAGCUACAAAAGAAGAAAGAACAUGCAGACAGUCAGUUUGAUGAGAUAAACCAAGAAAAAGAACAACUGUAUCAAAUGAGAACAACGAUUGAAACUGAGAGAGAGAUGUUCUUAAAUGAACUGAAGAGGAUGAAAGGAGAACAGUCUCAGCUGGAAAUAAGAGAGGACCGGCUCACCAGGUUAAUGUACUCCAUGGGAAGUCUGACAGCAAAACUCAAAAAACUGUGUCAAAGGACACAUGAAGACUUAACAAAAAAUAUGAACAGAUUAGGCCAGAAAUAUGAAGAUAUGCUCCAACAGAACUCAAUAUUGGAACAUCAGUGUGUUGAAUUUGUUCAACAGGAAAAUAAGAUGACUCGUUAUUGUGACCUGAUAAAAAAGGAGAAGAAACAUGUGGUGACAAUGACAUGUGACAAGGCAGAGCAAACUGAUAUUUUGAAAGAAUGGGUGGUUGUUCUUCAGUCAGAUGUCGCGAUCCAGACUGAAGAUCAGUGGAAGCCAGAGCGACAUGAACAGGAUCUUGAAAGAAAGGUUAAAUACUUGAAAAGUGAGAGGAAAGGUCUGCUGAUAGAAGCAGAAGAUGAAGAGCUGGAAAAUGAACAGAAACAGAGGCUUGAGUCAGCUUCAGAGCAAGAUGGUUUUACAGAUGAGAAAAUAUCAAAAAGAGAUUGUUUGCGAAAGCUGUGGAAGGACACUAAAACAGAACGGAAGGAGAUUGAUCGGAUGAGGCGCGCAAGCAAUGAGAUGAGAAACAACCUCGAGAAGAGACUCAAGGGGAUCAAACAGUUUGCUAAGAAAACAUGGUUACAGAAAGAAAAGGAACCGUUGGACAGGAAGCUGAAACAAGGACUCAGUAAGGACACAACAUCGCAAUGUGACUGCAAGAGAGAUCAUACAACCCUUGAUGAAAAAUACACAGAGCUCCAACAAAUUAAGUUUCAGAUGCUCAGUGAGAUUGAGAAACUCAGUGUUAAGGAAAAAGUGUCUCGGACAGUGACAACUAGCAACAAAGCUAAUCAAACAUCCCAGGUCGAUAUAACCACAGGGGAUGCAACAGUGCAGGUAACAGAACAAGCCUCUGCCAAAACGAGUCAAGAACAGAUGUGGGUUGAAGAAACAGAAGCAGAUACAGACUUAUCCAGUGGACUCCUCUGUCAGCUACAGCAUUACUGCUAUCGAUGCUGCUGCCAUUGUGAUGCCUGCUGUAAGCAAGUCUGUGAAGGGGACAAAUGAGAGACACAUCUGGGUCACUGUUAUCAUCAAUCUAAAUGUUUCUGGCAUACAGUUGAAAUACAAAACAAGUGUUCGACUGAACCAUUUGUAAUACAAAGAUAAUACCUGAACAUUUUUGUUAUAUUUUUAGUCCAGCAAGUAUGCAUCACAUUGCUGGCAAACGCUUGCUUUGGCAGUCCAGAUAACUGACAUUUUUAAAAUUAUCAGCCUAAAAUUAGGUUUCCUAAUGGAUAAGAAUUGCUGGAGUGGAAUCAAACUAAUAUCUUGACACUUUUUUAAACCAUCUUAACAAAAAGUAAUAGGAUAACUAAAUAUGUCAAGGUAUUUGGCAGAUCAGAGUUCAAAAUCUGUGAUGCUUGUGUGUCUUGAAUAAUUCUUUACUGGCUAUUGCACCAUAUUUGUUUGCAUAAUAAUAUAAGAUUUAAUAGUGCACUUGAGCCAUUUUAAGAAUGAAUGCUUCAUUUUUUUUAGUUUUGCAGCAGAACCACCAUUCUUCAUAUUGCAUUUUUAAAUAUAAUGCAUUAAACUUAAGAAUCAAUUUUCACUUAUUUACAGAAAAUCAUACAAAUUUAAGAACCCAUGUUCCCAUGUUGUGUUACAAUUAUUUUAAGAUAUUCAGGCAGAGAGCUCCAAAGCCCUCACAGCAAAAGCCUGUUGACCUGGUAUUUUUGCGCUGUGACCUGCAGGAGAGAGGGUCUCAAAGUCCAGAUCAGCCCAGUUACUGUGCUGCUGUGAUGUUUUGGAAGUAUCUAAUGAUCCUGAGUAGAAAAUAUAUGAUGCCGUUAAGAGAUUUAUAAACCAUUUUUAAAUAUUGCAUGCAUUUCAAGGUAUAGAUUUUUGGAGAAAAUAUUGCAUAUAUUAUUUACACUAUUUGUAAAUGUAAAUAAAGCUUGUGUGAAGUGGAAAAA